UUCCUUAAUGUUUAUAUUUGGUUCCCUCCCAACAUUUGUGUAUAUUAAUAACACUGUCUGCCUAGAAAGCACACUUGCCGUCUCUUUAUUUGCUCAUCUUAUAUUGACCCAUUAUAGAUGGUCACAGUGCACCUGCGCGUGAGGAUGUCCUCGUCACUCAUACGAGUGCGAUAGAGAAACUGUUCAACAGUCGCAGCGGUGCACGCAGAAAGAGGAAGGAAAAUGAUGCACUUUUCGACGCUGGUCAUAUUAGCAGGUUGGGUGAUGUUUGGAGGCUGCACAGAGAGCACUGUAACAACACGAACUACAGUUGCGACUACAUUUACCUCAGAUGUAGCGACAUCUCCUUCACUAACGCACACAGCACCGGCAGAUUCCUCUCAGACUCAGUCAACGAAUGGAUCCGUGUCCACCGUCCACAAUACAAGUCAGACAAGCACUGAGUCCCCACAUAAUGUGAGCAUGAGCACUACGAACAGCUCCACACCUGUCCAGAAAACAUCAAACACAACCUCUUACUAUAACGCUACCUCUCCAGCGACUGAGCUCAGCAACGCGACCAGCAACGCGACCAACGCGUCGACCAACGCGUCGCCCACAGUCACUUCGGGUUUGGCGACUAAAACGCUGACAACACCCUCCUCAGAGAACCAUACCUCAGAGAAGACAACUCUGGGAAGCACAAAACCGGCGAUUACUACUGCCACAAACACAACUAACUCUUCAACAAUCAUUUUUACGACUAAAACGGUGCCCACUACUUCUGUGUUAACACCACCAACAAAAACAACAGCAGCAACAACAAAAAAUAAAACACAAACACAAACAGCAGCAACAACCUCAAAACCGGUCACAACCAAAACCCCAGCUGCUUCUGACCAAGACAAGAAGCAUCCAGAGGCCCUGAGCUCAGGAAGUGUUGCUGCCAUUGUAAUUUGCUUUAUUGCCAUUGUACUAAUUUUACUUGGUGGUGCAUACUACUUCAAAAUGCGACGCUCUACUUACGGACGUCUCUUGGAUGAUAGUGAACACAGCUCUUUGGGGAAUUUUCUUAACCCAGUGUUUGAUGGCUAAAUGGGGAAGUGUUCAUGAAGAAACAUUUUUUUUUCUAAAGGAAACAUCCUACACGUCUCUUGCAAUUUAUGGUAACAUCAGAUUCAGUAUUUUGGAUCUAAAAUAAGAUGCACUGACCAGAAUCAUCAGGACGUUUCAGAGUGUAGGCAACACUUCCUGUGAGUAUUAGUAUGAAGGCAGGUUACGGGGCAUUUUGGUCCAGUUAAAAGAAAAUGUUAAGUGAUGUCCUAGAAAUUUAAUGUUUGUGUAAUGUAUCAUCUUGGGUAUAUUGUUUAACUUCCUCAUAUUGCUUGCUCUGUUUGUCUCAUGAUGAUGAUUUUUAUUUUAUUUUUUAUCGAAGCCUCAUCUCUCAAACAGGCCAAAAUGCAAUCAUUAUUCGUCUCAAAGAGUGACCUUAUCAUAUACCAUAAUUACAGCUCUGGCCUCAGCUGUGGCCUCCCACUAUUCAUCCAAAGACAGUCUCUGUUUUAAAAGUGAAGACCGUUUAACAUUUCUGUAACCUCAACAAUAACAGAUUUUUCCCCUUGUCAUUAUAAUGGCAGGGACUCACAAGCAGCAUGCAAUUAAGCAUUUAAACCGUCAAGACUGUUAUUAGAGACAUAAAAAUAAGCCAUCAAGCAAAUUGAGGCACAUUACCGAAACAUCUGGGGUUCUUGGCUGUUUGAGAUGGGGUUUAGUUAGUCGUGCUACAGCAGUUUGCCACGUCCAGAUAUGCGUUUUUGAAUGUUUAAACCCUUUUCUGUAGUUUCCUCUCCUAGUUUUUUGCUACCUGUUUAACAGAAACCACUGUUUCCUGUUUUUGCAAAUGCUCUAGUUUCAAGAAUGGUAUAAACCACAGGAGCACUGCCUAAAUCUCUGGUCUAAAGCUGCAGCAACUGAUUGUAAAAAAGGUCAAUGUCUAUGUGCAAGUAUUAAAAAUCACUAAUAUAUCAUAUAAUAGAUUUUUUUUCUUCUUAUUUCACGAGUACUUUAUUGGACAGAACAUUUGUUUAAAAUCAGAGGAGUUCCUGUGUGUUGUACUUUUUCCUGUGUGAUUAAUGUUUCAUGCCACUUUCCAUGAAGAUGUUUUAGAAAACUAUAUUUAGAUGGUGUCCCAAAUUUUAGUUGCAAAAAUGGCAAAACUCAUAUGAAUAAAUGAGUGGAGAAUAAAACGGCUCAUAUAAAACUGAA